GAUACAGAAUGGCUGUUGAGUGUGCAUGUAAUGCAUUGCUGCAGAAGGCAAAGGAUAACAAACAAGAUCCAUGCAGAUAGAUUCAAGUCAGAUUCAAUGAAAAUUGCUAUGACAACCUUGAGCUAAAAAAUUUCUCUCUUUGGACAAAGAACAAUUUAAUAAACUAGCAAUGGAUGUUGUGCUAAGGCUGAAGUUCCCUCCAUUGCAACGUUCUUGUAUGUUUGAAGGCAAGGCUAUGCCAAAACACGGGCGCAAGGGGAACUGGCAAAUUAAUAUGCUCAAGCAGUUCAUAUUUACCAUACCAAAUUUCCCCUCGUUUCAAUCUCGAAAAGGAUGGAAAGAGAUGAGCACCAUUUGUUUCUGGAAAAAUAUCUUUAUGUUGGUCCAUCUCGUUAUUAUCAGUUACUUCGUUGCACAAUUCAUAGGGAAGGCACUUUGCAGAAAGAAAUGCAGGGCCAGAGUUGAUGACGAGCAAAAUGGCACUAUUGAUGACCACAAAUUUGGAAGCAUAAGCUUGGGUUUGUCAUACCAAGUCACCAGAUUCUGUUGUUUUAUAUUAGUGGCCAGCAGUUUAUUCAAACUUAUUUUCCUUUUGCUACAAGGAAACCAAGGCAAUUGCAGCUACCUAACAUCAGCUAUGGCAGAUGCAAGCCAGCUAAUAUCAUGGAUAUUUUUGCUUAUUUUAAUAUUUAGACUUGCAAAAACUACAACUUUAAAGCUCUCUUGGAUUAUAAGAUCAUGGUUCAUAUGCAACUUCCUGCAAUCAGCUACGUGUGCUGCUCUAGAUAUAUCCAUUCUCCUCGAAAGGUCAUUCCUAAGAGUAGAACAAUACAUGGACAUAAUGAGUGUUUUUCCAUGUGUAGUACUCUUUGGUCUCUCAGUCAGAGGUAAAACGGGGAUUAGUUAUGAUGCCUGUCGCCUCAAACAACCACUACUGCAAACUGAACAGAUGUCAGAAUCACAGAGGCAAAGUACUGAGCAGAAGAGGAAUUCUCCUUACGGGAGGGCAAGUCUCCCACAGCUAAUAACCUUCUCAUGGCUUAACCCACUUUUUGCUAUUGGUAAAAGGAAGCCACUAGAAAUGAAUGAAGUACCAGACAUUGCUAUAAAUGAUUCAUCCGCCUUCAUGUCCAGUUUAUUUAACAGAUGCCUAAAUAAUGUCAAAGAAAGGCAUGGCCUGAGUAUUUCAUCUGUAUAUGCAGCAAUAUUCAUGUUGAUAAGGAAAAAGGCAGCAAUCAACGCAAGCUUUGCAGUUGUAUCUGCAGGGGCUUCUUAUGUUGGACCAUUGUUGAUUAACACCUUUGUCAAAUUCUUAGGAGGAGAGAGGCAGCAUGGUUUGAAAAGUGGCUACCUAAUAGCAACAGCAUUCCUGUGUGCCAAACUGGUGGAGACUGUGUGCCAGAGACAAUGGUUUUUUGGAGCCCGACAGCUUGGGAUGCGUUUAAGAGCUGCUCUAAUAUCCCACAUAUACAAAAAGGGGCUUGUUCUAUCAAACCAAUCACGUCAGAGUCAUACAAGUGGAGAGAUUAUCAACUACAUGGUUGUGGAUAUCCAAAGAGUUACUGAUGUCAUGUGGUAUUCGAAUAUCAUUUGGAUGCUUCCUGUUCAGAUUUCAUUGGCAAUGUAUGUUCUUUAUAAGAAUCUUGGUGUGGGAGCUUUGGCUGGAUUAGCAGCAACAGCCAUGGUAAUGGCAUGCAAUGUCCCUAUAGCUAGAGCGCACAAAAGAUUCCAGAGUAAAAUCAUGGAGGCUAAAGAUAAACGAAUGAAAGGAACUGCAGAAGUUCUCCGGAACAUGAAAAUAUUGAAACUUCAAGCCUGGGACAUAAAUUAUCUUCACAAAAUUCAAGAUUUAAGGAAAAACGAGUAUGAUUGUCUGUGGUUGUCACUACGACUGCAAGCAGUUUCAGCAUUUAUAUUUUGGGGUGCACCGUUGUUGAUAGCCAUUAUAACAUUUGGAACAUGUAUAAUGCAAGGAAUCCCUCUAACCACAGGCAGAGUUUUGUCUGCAUUGGCAACAUUCAGAAUGCUACAAGAGCCAAUCAUGACACUCCCAGAUUUACUCUCAGUACUUGCACAAGGAAAAGUUUCAGCAGACAGAAUAGCUAAGUACCUCCAAGAAGAUGAAAUGAAACCUGAUGCAGUUGAAUUUGUUCCGAGAAAUGAAUCAGAAAUAGAUGUUGUGAUUGAACACGGGAUAUUUAGUUGGAAUCAGGAAUCUGCAUACCCCACACUCGAAAAUAUAGACUUGAUGGUGCAUCGAGGAAUGAAGGUAGCUAUUUGUGGUACUGUGGGUUCAGGGAAGUCUAGUUUACUAUCAUGCAUCCUUGGAGAAAUACCCCUACUGGAGGGGAGAGUAAAAAUCAGUGGAAGUAAAGCAUAUGUUUCUCAAUCCCCAUGGAUACCAUCAGGAAAUGUCAGAGAGAAUAUUGUAUUUGGAAAUCAUUUUGACAUGGAAAAAUAUGAAAAGACAAUUGAGGUUUGUGCACUAAAGAAGGAUUUUGAGUUCUUUGCUAAUGGAGACCUGACAGAGAUUGGAGAGAGAGGUAUAAACAUGAGUGGAGGACAGAAGCAAAGGAUCCAAAUUGCUAGAGCAGUGUAUCAAGAUGCUGAUAUAUAUCUUCUUGAUGACCCUUUCAGUGCUUUGGAUGCUCACACUGGCACUCAACUCUUCAAGAAUUGUUUGAUGGGUGCCCUUAGAGACAAGACCAUACUUUACAUUACGCAUCAAGUUGAAUUUCUUCCAGAAGCAGACCUAAUCCUGGUAAUGAAGAAUGGAAGAAUUUCCCAAGUUGGAAAGUAUGAUGAACUUCUGCGACAGAACAUAGAAUUUGAGGCAUUAGUUGGAGCUCACAGCGAAGCCCUCCAACUAGUAUCCAAUGCUGAAACCUCAAGCAAAUCAUCCACAUCAAUUGCUGCAGAGAAAGGUGUUCCAGAGGAAUCAAACACAAAUGAUUCUGAUGCAGGAGAAAUUUCAGAUACAUUCCAAAUUAUCAGAAACCAAGAGUCUGAACAUGAUCUGUCUCAUGAUAUAGUUGACAAAGGUAGACUGACGCAGGAAGAGGAAAGAGAGAAAGGAAGCAUUUCGAAAUAUGUUUAUUGGUCGUACCUGACUACUGUACGAGGAGGCGCCUUGGUUCCAAUAAUAAUCCUUUCACAAACAUGCUUCCAAGUAUUGCAAGUAGCAAGCAACUAUUGGAUGGCAUGGGCUGCUCCUCCAUCCAAUACAACAGAAUCUGCUGUGCCACUCGAGAUUCUCUUCACGGUGUAUGUAGUUCUUUCACUUGGAUGUGCAUUAUGUGUGUUAAUCCGAGCAAUGCUACUCGUGAAAACUGGUCUUCUCACAUCCCAACAUUUCUUCCAAAAGAUGCUCCAUAGCGUCAUUCAUGCGCCAAUGUCCUUCUUUGAUUCAACACCAACUGGGCGGAUUUUAAAUAGGGCCUCAAUGGACCAAAGUGUGCUUGACUUAGAAUUACCUGGGAAAUUAGGCUGGUGUGCAUUUGCUGUUAUACAAAUCUUGGGGACAAUUGCUGUCAUGUCACAGGUUGCUUGGCCAGUAUUUGCUAUAUUUAUUCCUGUGACAGCAAUUUGUAUCUGGUAUCAACAAUACUAUACACCUACUGCAAGAGAAUUGGCAAGGUUGGGAGAAAUCCAAAAGGCUCCCAUCCUUCAUCACUUUUCAGAAUCACUCUCUGGGGCUCCUACUAUCAGAGCAUUUGAGCAGAAAGAUCGUUUCAGCGAUACAAACCUUAGUCUGAUAGAUAAUCACUCGAGGCCAUGGUUUCACAAUAUUUCUGCAAUGGAAUGGUUGUCGUUCAGACUCAACCUGCUAUCAAACUUUGUUUUUGGUUUCUCUCUAAUUUUGCUUGUCAACCUACCAGCAGGAUUUCUCAAUCCAAGCAUUGCAGGACUUGCAGUGACUUAUGGGAUAAAUCUCAAUUCACAAUUAGCAUCUAUCAUCUGGAAUAUUUGCAAUGCAGAAAACAAAAUAAUCUCAGUUGAAAGGAUAAUGCAAUACACCAGAAUUCCAAGUGAAGCUCCUUUAGUCAUAGAAACGUUCCAACCGACAGUUAAUUGGCCACAAGUUGGAAAUAUAUGCUUCACGAACCUAGAGGUCAGAUAUGCAGAACAUCUGCCGUCCGUUUUGAAAAACAUAACAUGUGUCAUUCCUGGAAGAAAAAAAGUUGGUGUAGUAGGACGAACAGGAAGCGGCAAAUCAACUUUGAUACAGGCACUUUUCCGCAUAGUUGAACCAAGACAAGGAAGCAUUUUAAUUGAUGAUGUGGACAUACUUAAGAUAGGUCUCCAUGAUUUGCGCUCCAGACUAAGCAUAAUACCACAAGACCCGACAAUGUUUGAGGGAACAGUAAGGGGAAACCUUGAUCCCUUGGAGGAAUACUCAGAUAACAUAAUAUGGGAGGUGUUAGACAAGUGUCAGCUCGGUAAUCUGAUACGCCAAAAAGACAAGAAACUGGAUUCAACUGUAAUUGAAAAUGGAGAAAAUUGGAGUGUCGGACAGCGACAACUAUUCUGUUUAGGAAGAUCACUGCUGAAAAGGAGUAAGAUUCUGGUAUUGGAUGAAGCCACUGCCUCAAUUGACUCUGCUACAGAUGGAAUCAUCCAAGAUACAAUAUGCACUGAAUUCAGCGACUGCACCAUUCUCACCAUAGCUCACAGGAUUCACACCGUUAUCGACAGUCACCUCAUUCUUGUUCUUGGUGAAGGAAAGAUACUCGAAUAUGAUUCUCCAUCAAAACUGCUGGAAAGAGAAGAUUCAUCAUUCUCAAAGCUGAUAAAGGAGUACUCAUUGAGAUCACAAAGCUCCAAGAUCGCAAGACAAGGAGCAGCUAAUACACCUUUUGCAGAAUGACAGGUGCUAAGGUGGAUGAUCCGUGGAUUUCUAGCAGAAUAAAAGAAUUACGUGUUCAGCCAAAGUCUGUUACAAUCUGAUAAAAAAAGCAGGCCGAAUACUGAAUGAGGGAAAAGAAAAUUCUUUCCUCUAUCACGGAUGUUUUGCCAGGCUAUGCCAACUAGCAAUCUAAGUAACAUUGGCAAAGUACCAUGAUUGAAUCAUCAAACUAAUGUAAUCUCUUGUUGAAUAUAUAUGAUCAAAAGAGAAGGUCCCUUUGAACCUUCAUAAAUUUCUUCACACUACA